GUCUCUGCAGUCCAGCUAAGCACAACGCACAGACAGAGGCAGCACACUGUGUUAGAGGGCGCUGGAAGAUGAAGAUGUGGCUGGAAAAUUUGUUUUUGCUAGCUGUUUCUUCCGUGCAACAGGUUCUGUGUCAAUUAAAAGUUUGUUUCUUGUUACAGCAAUGUCGAAAAUAAUUAUUGUACGGGUUUAAUUAAUGGAUCUGCGGUAGUCAACUUUACACGGUAGUGUACUUUAAAUAAUUGUAAAUCGAAGUAAAUCAAAUCGAUUUGAAAUUCAUGCGCACGCAAAGUCCAGAAUCGGACGUCUUUUUAGGUUGUGUUGUACACUACCAGUGAUGGGAAGUAACUAUGUUUACUCAGCCACUGCAUGUCAUUACAAAAUAGUUUGCACUUUGAAUAUUUUCAUUUGAUGCUACUUUAUGCUUCCACUCAUCAGAAUGAAAUCUAACGUUACAAUUUAUUUAUGCUUGGAAAUAUUAGCCUAUACUCUGCUACUUUAUAUCUGAAGUUACCAUACUUAGAAAAAAAGUUUAGAAACAAAAUAUAGUAUUAUUUAUUGAUCAAAAAGCUGUAGCAUUAGGCUAUUACAUGUGAUGUUAGGUUAGUGGGGAGGUGUAUGUCAAUUUUAUCAACAUUAAGUUGCCCUACAGUGUAGUUGAGAGCAUCUUCAUUGAUAGCAACCUGCAGUUCACAUGUAUUUAUUUAUUUAUUUGUCUGAGGUGUUAUUGGUUUGUCUUGACGCCGGUGGACAGCAGCUUGGUGCUUAAAGAGAAGCAGAUCAGUUUGCAGCUCUUGGACUCCUCAGACAACCUCCACGCUCUGACACAACUGGACACUACUCCUACCUUUCGUACCACAUUUUUCAUGUUUUUAUGCGCCCCCUACGUUUUGCAGUCAUGGCGGAUCUCCCGUGAGGACAACAACCUUUUGUAAGAGUUUGCAACGUCGUCGAGCGGAGACCUCGUCUCCGAGGACCCCCUAAAUGCUUUUCAUUGAGAAAAGGCUUCGGACGUUCAGUGUUGGGAAUGUGUACACGCAACAAAUGAUUUGAUUAAGAUGGGUAAUAAGCAAACAAUAUUCACCGACGAACAACUUGAUGCCUACCAGGACUGUACGUUUUUCACUCGCAAAGAAAUUCUGCGGUUGCACGGCAGAUACCAUGAGUUGGCGCCACAUCUUGUACCAAUGGACUACACCAAUGAUCCUGAUUGUAAACUGCCGUUAGCCUUAAUAGUCAACAUGCCAGAGUUGAAGGAAAACCCAUUCCGCAGCAGGAUUGUAGAGUCUUUCUCAGAGGACGGGAUGGGGAAUCUCAGCUUCAAUGAAUUUGUGGACAUGUUCUCAGUCCUCAGUGAAAUGGCUCCAAGGGAACUCAAGGCCAUAUAUGCCUUCAAAAUAUACGAUUUCAAUGUGGAUAAUUACCUGUGCAAAGAGGACCUAGAAAAGACUCUAAAUAAGCUGACGAAGGAGGAGUUGACUCCUGAAGAGGUGGUGCUUGUGUGUGAGAAAGCCAUUGAGGAGGCAGAUUUAGACGGAGACAACAAACUCUCCUUUGCUGACUUUGAAAAUAUGAUAUCUAGGGCUCCGGACUUUUUAAGUACCUUUCAUAUACGAAUCUGAGAGGGCUCCUUGGAAAGUUUCCACAGUCUGCAGUGUGGUGAACCUCAGGACUCUACCUGCACUCUGUCCUGGCCACAGCACAGUGCCUGUCUCCCACUCCCAUCGUCAAAAAAAGUUGUGCAUUAGCCUCUGGCCUCAGUGAAGUCUGCUUAGUUAGAAAGCUAAAUACUCCAUUUACUGAAUUUUUCUUCACUGUAGAUGAAGAUGUAUUUUCCUUUUACAACCUAUAAAAGGGCUUGACCUUGAUCGGUCUCUUUUUGGGAAGAAAUUGCUAUUCUGUCCACAUUUUAAUGUUGAAAAUGAGCAAUGAAACAAAUCUGUAAUGAGCCAGAUGGAUUUCCGCUUAUUAAGCAUUUUAUGCAUUCUUUAAUGUGCUUAUCUACCAUUAUUGCACAUGAGAUACCCAGUCAAGUCUUCCUAAUAUGUUACACAUUUAGUAUUUAUAAGGCUAAGGACAAAGCUUGAAGUAAAAGAAAGCACAGCACUGGCAUUAAGGGCAUACAGAUAUUUUAUAGGAGCUAUGCAAUAUUUGUACAUGCAGUGUAUUGCUUUAAGUCAUUUUAGGUUGUGUGUUUUGCUUGUGGUACUGGAACAUGAUGACAAUCAUAUCUUAACUGUUAUCCAGUUAAACGAAGGGUUCUGUCUUCUGAACUCAUUUUGGUAGCUUCCAUUUUCUGCCUCAGCCAUUAUCAUGAGGUAUUACAUGCAGCCAUCUUUUGGAUACACACGUAACAGUUUUUUAUGUGAAUUCAGGUAUUUGUCUUACUUUGAAUAAAUGUAUUUUUCUGUGU